AUGGCGAUGAACAAGAUCCGUGGGGCCUUCGCUGUGCCUCGGAAAGGAGAGACCUUUGAGCUACGAGCUGGUCUAGUAUCACAAUAUGCCUACGAACGCAAAGAGUCAAUUCAGAAGACGAUCAUGGCCAUGACUCUUGGCAAGGAUGUAUCGGCUCUCUUCCCAGAUGUGCUGAAGAACAUCGCGACGGCGGAUCUGGAGCAAAAGAAACUGGUCUACCUAUAUCUGAUGAAUUACGCCAAAUCACACCCCGAUCUUUGCAUUCUCGCCGUCAACACCUUCGUACAGGACUCGGAAGACCCCAAUCCGCUCAUCAGAGCUCUGGCAAUUCGCACCAUGGGCUGUAUCCGUGUGGACAAAAUGGUGGAUUACAUGGAGGAGCCUCUGCGCAAGACCCUCCGUGACGAAUCGCCGUACGUGCGCAAAACAGCCGCCAUCUGCGUGGCCAAGCUUUUCGAUCUGAACCCGGCGAUGUGCCUUGAGAACGGGUUUCUGGAGAUGCUGCAGGAGAUGAUUGGUGAUCCCAACCCGAUGGUCGUCGCCAAUUCAGUCACCGCGCUUUCAGAGAUUCAACAUACAGCUCCAGAGACCAGGGCCCUGCAGGUCACUGCCAACACAUUGCGCAAGAUGCUGAUGGCCUUGAAUGAGUGCACCGAGUGGGGUCGUGUGACCAUUCUCUCCACCCUUGCAGAGUACCGUGCCGUGGAUGUGAAAGAGUCGGAGCAUAUCUGUGAGCGCGUGUCGCCUCAAUUCCAACACGUCAACUCGGGCGUAGUGUUGGCGGCUGUGAAGGUUGUCUUUCUGCAUAUGAAGUACGUUGGCCCAGAACUGGCGAAGACAUAUCUAAAGAAGAUGGCCCCGCCACUAGUGACCCUCGUGUCCUCGGCGCCCGAGGUCCAAUAUGUCGCUCUCCGAAACAUCGAUCUCUUACUCCAGAAGCAACCAGAUAUCCUUAACAAGGAGCUCCGGGUUUUCUUCUGCAAGUACAACGACCCUCCUUACGUCAAAUUCCAGAAGUUGGAGAUCAUGGUUCGAAUUGCAAAUGAUCGCAAUGUGGACCAGCUUUUGGCCGAGUUGAAGGAAUACGCGCUCGAGGUCGACAUGGACUUCGUUCGUCGUGCUGUGAAGGCCAUCGGACAGGUGGCCAUUAAAAUUGAGAGUGCUAGCGAAAAGUGCGUCAACACAUUGUUGGACCUGAUCAACACCAAGGUCAACUAUGUGGUGCAGGAGGCUAUCGUUGUGAUCAAAGAUAUCUUCCGCAAAUAUCCUGGUUAUGAAGGCAUCAUCCCCACGCUCUGCAAGUGUAUUGACGAACUCGACGAGCCCAAUGCCCGUGCUGCGCUCAUCUGGAUCGUUGGAGAAUACGCCGAGAAGAUCAGCAACGCGGGUGACAUUCUCGGUGGCUUUGUGGAUGGUUUCAAUGAAGAGUUCUCGCAGACUCAAUUACAAAUUCUCACUGCUGUCGUCAAAUUGUUCCUCAAGCGACCUGAGAAGGCUCAGGGUCUUGUCCAGCGAGUCCUCCAAGCUGCUACUGCCGAGAACGACAACCCCGACGUGCGCGACCGCGCCUAUAUCUACUGGCGAUUGCUCUCCAACACAAGUGACCAAAAUGCCACCAAGAAUAUCGUACUUUCAGACAAGCCUCCCAUCGUCACCACCAUCAGCUCAUUACCGCCUACUCUUCUUGACCAGCUUCUGCAGGAGCUUUCCACGCUUUCUUCUGUCUAUCACAAGCCCCCAGAGCAGUUUGUCGGACAAGGCCGCUUUGGGGCUGAUGCUGUGCAGCGGGCCGCCAUCGAGGAACAACUUCAAAACGCCCGGGAAAAUCCCCUGGCUGCCGCUGCCGCAGCUGCCGUCAGCGGCACUGCACCUUCUGCACAGGCGCAAAAUAACGUCGAGAAUUUGCUGGACAUUGACUUUGACGGCGGCGCCCCAGCCUCAGCCCAGAAAGAACCUACUGGCGAGCUGUCCGGCUUGGAAGGGCUGGCAGGUACUCCAGUUCGUGUGCAAUCUCCUGCAGCAGGUGCAGCUCCGGCUCAGGGUAAUCUCGAUGAUUUGUUGGGAGUCUUUGGCGAGUCCGGUCCCUCGCACACAUCUCCUGCCGGUGCCUCUAGUGGAGGUGCUGGCGACUUGAUGAACGGGUUCGCUGGUCUUGACCUUUCUGGAGGCCCAGCUCCUGCUCCUCAUGGCGCGCCUCCAAACUCAGGCAGUCAGGACAUGAUGGACCUUAUUUAG